AGUCACGCCCCCCAACGUGGAUGUCGUGUUUUGGAGAGACACGGAGCAUAGAACGCCGGUCUAGAAAUUUAUCUACAUAAUUAUUUAUUUGCUGAAAACCAUAGUUAACCAGGUUUCUUUUGAGGUUUCUACACUAAAUUUAAAAUAUUAUUGAAGAUGACUGAAGCAGAUGUCGAUAAAACUGAAGUCCUCUUCAGGACGUUAAAUGCAGACGAUCCUGAAGCAACCGAGAUUGAAAGUCUGUGCAUGGAGUGCGGCGAAAACGGGAUGACAAGACUCCUUUUGACAAAGAUUCCAUUUUACAAAGAGGUGGUUAUCAUGUCUUUUGCAUGCGACUUCUGCGGCUUCAGAAACAAUGAGCUCCAAUCUGGGGGGAAAAUUGAAGAACAGGGCGUAGAAAUCACUUUGAUUUGUGACAGUCCUAAAGACCUCAAUCGUCAGGUGGUCAAGUCGGAUUACACAUCAAUAAAAAUAGCUGAGCUUGAAUUUGAAAUUCCGGCUCAAAGCCAAAAAGGAGAGGUUACCACUGUCGAGGGUAUUCUGGACAGGAGCGUCCAAGGUCUUGAACAAGACCAACCCCUGCGGCGUAUACAAGAUCCAGAGGGGGCAAAACAGAUUGAGGAAUUUGUUGAAAAAUUCAAGUCAUUGAGGGGCCAAAAGUUCACAAUGAUUUUUGAGGACAUCAGUGGAAACUGCUUCGUUGAAAAUCCAAAUGCGCCGGCAACAGAUCCUGGUACUACCCACAAGUAUUUUACUCGUACCACUGAGCAAGACGCAAUUCUGGGCAUUUACAUGGAGGAAACCACUCCUGCAAUGUCCGACAAAGAUCCAUCGGAUGUGCUCUUAGAACUUCAGAGUGAGGUACUGCAAUUUGGAACCAACUGUCCCGAGUGCAAUGUUCCGUGCAUUACCAAUAUGAAACUCACCAACAUUCCGCAUUUCAAGGAGGUGGUCAUCAUGGCCACAAACUGUGAUGCAUGUGGUCACAGAACUAAUGAGGUCAAGUCGGGAGGUGGAAUCGAACCAACUGGAAUCAGGAUUGAGAUUUCUAUCAAGGAACUAAUGGAUUUGAAAAGAGACGUACUCAAGAGUGACACUUGUGAUAUGCAAGUGCCUGAAUUGGAUUUGGAGGUGGGUCCACAUGCACUCGGAGGUCGAUUUUCUACCGUCGAGGGUCUCCUUGUAGCCAUGAAAGAGCAACUAUUGGCCCACUGGGGUGACAGUGCAACCGAGUCCACCUCCGUCAAGUAUCAAGAUUUUCUGGAUAAAAUGGAUCAAGCCUUGGAGGCCAAGUUGCCAAUUACUCUGAUUCUUGACGACCCGGCUGGCAAUUCUUACAUUCAGAGUUUACAAGAUUCGGUUGAGGAAAAUGUGAAGGUUACACGUUAUGAACGUUCUCACGAGCAAAACGAGGAUUUAGGCUUAAAUCAUAUCAAAACUGAAGAUUACCAUGAAGAGAAUUAGUUUGCAGACAUCUUUCAUUUUGGGAAAUUGCUUAAUUAAUUAAUUGUCUGUUGUGGUGCUGGGGGCGCUGCUACUGCCUGUUCAUCAUUUCCUUCCUCUCGUAUAACUGUUUCGCCAUCCAACUUCUUCAGAUUUGGCAACCUCCUGGCCGCCUCAGUGCGCCAAGUUCCCUCUUCACAACUUUCUUGCAAAGGGUUCCCUGAUUGAUUAAAAAUUUAGACGAGAAAAAUACUAUUGAGAAUUAUGUUCUUACCAACAAAUGAAAGCUCCUCCAGCGUGAGCAACUCGGAUAGUUUUGCGUAUUCGACCCACUCUCGAAUUAGAUUGUUCGACAUGUACAAGACCCUCAGGUUUUUAAGCACAUUUAUCCCCUUGACCUUCUCAAGUAAAUUGUAGGAAAUCCACAAUUCCUCCAAUGAAUCAGCAACACCCUCCUUUCAUGUUCAAAUUUAUAUUUUGUGAAAACUUUCCUGCAAUAAAAUUAAAGUAAAACUUGCCAAUCCAGCUAAUGAUUUAAUGUAAUUUCGCCCGAGAGACAAUAUUUUCAGAUUUCUCAGCGAGUUUAGCCCAGAUAUUUUUUCUAUCAUAUUUGUUGACAGCGAAAGUUUCCUGCCAAAUUUAAUAAAAUUAUAAUUUUUUCAUAA